AUGGCUCCUUCUAUCAAUGAGGUCCCCGUCGGCAUCUCGUCCCCCUCCGCUUGCAAAGUAGGCAUCAAUGGCUUUGGCCGUAUAGGCCGCAAUGUCCUCCGCGCAGCCUUAGUCCGCUCCGACAUCCAAGUCGUCGCCAUCAACCACACCUGCGUCACUGUCGAAGACCUCAUCUACCUCAUCCGUUACGACUCCUCUAUGGGCGACCUCGACGAACGAACCGACAUCCAAGCAGUCUCCGACAGCCUCAUCACCAUUGACGGCACUCGCAUUGCCCUGACUUCCGAGCGUGACCUCAAGAAACUCAACUGGGCCACUUUGGGCGUCGACUAUGUCCUCGAAUGCACGGGCAAAUUCACGAAGCGGGACCUGGCUAUGGACCACAUCACCUACGGACAGGCGAAACGCGUGCUCAUCUCCGCGCCUAGCUCGGAUGCGCCUACUUUUGUCUAUGGCGUCAACUCGGACUUGUACACUGCUAGCGAGGAGUGCCGGGUCGUUUCUAAUGCAAGCUGCACUACAAACUGCGUUACGCCGGUGUUGAAGGUCCUUCAUGAGACCUUUGGUAUUACACAGGGCUUUUUGACUACCAUUCACGCGGCCACUCGUUCCCAGCAGGUUCUGGACGGGUAUAGCAAGAAGAACCGUCGUCUGGGACGCGGUGUUUUCAACAAUAUUAUCCCCACCACCACUGGCGCUGCUAAGGCCGUUGCAGCUGUCCUGCCCGAGCUCAAGGGCAAAGUCACCGGGGUGUCGAUUCGUGUCCCGACACCCAAUGUCUCCAUGAUUGACCUGACUGUCAGCACAGACAAGCCUACCUCGCUUUCUGAAAUCAUCUCUGCCUUCCGCAUCGCCUCCAAGUCUAGCAUGGCUGGCGUAUUGAGGGUCACAGAUGAGGAGCUCGUGAGCACCGAUUACAAUGGAAGUCCGUAUAGUGCCGUUAUUGAUGCACCUGCUUGCGCGGAGCUGAACCCUCAGUUCUUCAAGAUCAUGGCUUGGUACGACAACGAGUGGGGAUACUCAACCCGUCUGCUGGACCUGACGACGCACGUGCACGCCCAGGAGACGUCUUGA